UGGCUUUGGCCAAUUUUGAGACCUGGCAACCCUGCUGGGCUGUAACUCAAUGGCGCUGUCCUAAUUUGAUGAACAAAGUACAAUGAUUGAUUCAUGCAAGCGACGCCGAACCAUAUUUAUUAUUGUUACAGGAAUAAUUACUGUUGUUUAUGUGAUUGCUUUUACACGUCGUGGUUGGGAACGGAAAAAUGCAGGACGUCAACGCGAUCCUCACGCUGUUUGUAAAGAGGAGAUGGAGCCCUGGUACCCCGAAUGGAAAAAGUCAGUUAAGAACAAUACAAAAAUUAUACUACUGUAUUCAAGUUGGUUUGGGGACAGAUUUUGGUGGACGAUGAAAGGUCAACAAAUAUACCGCCAUUUUACUACUUGCGAAGGGCCAAAGAAUUGUAUUUUAACUUACGAUAGGUCAUGGCUUAAAAAGGCUGACGCUGUUGUUUUCCAUGGCAGAGAUUUAGAAGACCAUGCAAAUAGCUUUUAUAGUGGUAAAGUUCUGAAAUCAUUGCGGGAAACUGUGCCGAAAUGCCAAAGGUGGAUAUUCUUUGCUCACGAGAACCCUGAUAAAGAUCCGGGAAUUUAUCAACAAUAUGAUGGUCUCUUUAACUGGACGGCUACUUUUGAUAGGCGAUCUGAUAUAUUUGUACCCUAUUCAUCAUAUGAGGAGAAUAAAAAAAUCAGUUCUAAAAAAACUGACUACGCAAAAGAAAAAACAGGUAUUGUUGUAUGGGCAGCAAGUCAUUGCAAGUUAAUACGAGAUAAAUAUGUAACUGAGUUGCAAAAGCACAUAAGUGUUAUUGUGUAUGGAAAGUGCAGCAAAUAUUUUAAGAAAAGGGGAGAACCUUGUGUACACAACAAAAAUGAAUGUACAAAAGUACUCUCAAGAUAUAAAUUCUACCUUGCUUUGGAAAAUGAUUUUUGCCAUGAUUAUGUUACUGAAAAAUAUUGGGAAAGAAUACAACAGGAUGUUGUUCCAGUGGUAAUGGGUGCAAAUUAUGACAAAGGAGUUGCUAUUCCAGGAUCAUACAUAGAUGCCAGUGAAUUUGAAUCAAUCCAAAAACUAGCUGAGUAUCUACUGUAUCUUGACAAAAAUGAUGAUGAAUAUAACAAAUAUUUCAAUUUCAAAAGAAGGCCAUUAAAAAAAUAUGCAAGUCUUUUCUGUAGAAUUUGUGCAAAGCUACAUGAAGCCAAAUUGGAGAAUCCAAAGCAAAUUAAGCUUUCAGAAGUCUACAAUUAUAAGAAAAACUGUGGAAUUUAUAAGAAUAAAAUUGCAAAGUUUGAAAAACAAAUAGAAGAUUCACAAAGUAAGGAUGGAUUUUUUGGAUCAAGAUUAUGGUACAAAAUCAAGUCAUUGUUCUUUAAGUUCGGAGGAUAGUAAUUCAAAAGUUUACAAGAUUGUCCUCAAAGCAGGAUAUCAUCAGAAAUGUGUGCCAUUGCACACCCUGGCACACACCCUGGCACACACCCUGGCGCAUGCCUUCUGAGUUUCAGUAGUGCAAAAUAUCACAUGCCUACUUUUGUUUUGAGAGCAAAAUUCAUAGUUACUGGCUUUGUGGGUUUUUGAGACAGGUUUAAAUGUUUACCCUUGCUUGGUACUACACCUUGUCAGGAUUGCGGACUAAUUAUUAAAAUUUGAAAUAAUCAUAGGAAUAAUCUACAGUGUAAUCCUGAUGUUAUGAAUUGAGAAAAAUUAUGGUAUGAGAAAAAAUGUCUGGCCUCUUGGAUUCUGCAUAACUCUGUACAAAUUUCCUUGGUAACCCAUAUAUAUAUAAAGUGUAAGUGUAAGAACCUUAAGGACAUUUUGGUCAGGGCUAGGCUCAGUAAUCGAGGAUAAGGGGGCACACAUACUAAGGGAUGUUCUGGUUGUGGUAAAGCUCGUUGUCAAGUGUGUAAUGUCAUGAGUAACUGUGAUAGUUUUAAGUCUAAGGUAACUGGUUAGGAAUAUAAGAUAAAUUACUCGUUUAACUGUGAUUUGUCGAAUGUGGUGUAUCUGUUAGAGUGCAAUGUUUGUGGUGUGCAGUAUGUUGGUAGCACUAACACGACCUUUAGAUUAAGGUUUGAUAACUAUAAGGCAUGUAAUCAUAAGUUUAGUCAGAGAUCCUCAGUACCUCAGGCAAAAUUUUUCAGGCACUUUUCUGUAGAAGGCCACCAGGGGUUUCUGCAGGAUAUAAGGGUUAGUAUAAUUGAUAGGCUUACUUGGGGGAAUAGGAUGCGAGAAAGCUUCUGGCAGUAUAAGCUAGACAGUUUUACUCCUAAGGGCUUAAACACUAGGCAUGUUGAUACACAGAUCUUAGGCUAUUUCUUUGCAUACAAUUUUUUCUUUUUCUUUCUUAUUAUUUUAUGUCUCUUUUUUUCCUUCUGCCACUAGCACAUGUUUUUUACCUUCUUUGUGUAUCUAUUAUUCUUCUUAAACAGGUGUUUUUUUCUGCUACACAUAUCAUUUGAGCCCCAGUGAGACUUGCAUUGCCACCUACUUUAGCAGCACCUUCUCCUGUGCUUUCUUCUAACCCUCCCAUUGAGUUACACUUUUAACAAUAACUAUUGUAAUAGGCAAUUUUACUCUAAUUUCCUCAU